GCGGUGGAGCAUCAACAUCUCAGCAUGCCCUUGUCUGUCAUGGGCGACGCCUGCAGAAGGCCGAAUGACUUCUUGGUGCUGGACCACUACGUCUCAGAGGAGGAGAUGAGGCGCAGACGCCAGAACAUCGAAGAGUCAGGCGAUCCUUGC